GUGAGGUAGUGUAGUCACGUGACCUACAGGACCACAUGACCAUACCAGGAAGUGAGGAACGUUAACUGACUAUCAGGUACGAACUGACCGAAAAAGGGGAUGUAAAGCUUAGGUAAAUAGUGAUGGAGCUCGUAGAUUUAACCCUGUUCCUCACUGGGCUCUCCCUGACUGUGGCUCUGGACAAUGGAUUGCUCAGAACUCCACCUAUGGGAUGGAUGGCCUGGGAACGCUUUCGCUGUGACAUUGAUUGUACGUAUGACCCAAAGAACUGCAUCAGUGAGGGUCUGUUCAGAGACAUGGCUGACAGGCUGGUUGAGGAUGGCUGGAAAGAACUUGGAUACGAGUAUGUUAUCAUCGAUGACUGCUGGGUGUCUAAGCAGAGAGAUGAUCAAGGUCGACUGCAGCCAGACCCAACCAGGUUUCCAGGUGGGAUUGCAAAACUUGCAAGGUACAUCCAUGACCGUGGGUUGAAGCUGGGCAUCUAUUCAGACAUGGGUUCUCAUACAUGUAUGGGAUUCCCUGGAACCACACUGGACAAAAUUGAGAUUGAUGCCCAGACCUUUGCCAGCUGGGGGGUGGACUAUCUCAAGUUUGAUGGCUGCUACUCAAACCCUGUAGAACAGAUGCUGGGAUACCCUCAGAUGUCUAAGGCCUUGAAUGCUACAGGCAGACCAAUAGCGUACUCCUGUAGCUGGCCGGCCUAUCUGGGAGGACUGCCACCUAAUGUGAACUACUCACUGCUGGGAGAAAUCUGUCACCUGUGGAGAAAUUAUGAUGAUAUCCAGGAUUCCUGGGACAGUGUUCAAGGCAUCAUUGAGUGGUUUGCCAGUAACCAGGAUGUGCUGCAGCCAGCUGCAGGGCCUGGACGAUGGAAUGACCCCGACAUGCUCAUCAUUGGAAACUUUGGUCUGAGUGUGGAACAGGCCCGUUCACAGAUGGCUCUGUGGGCCAUAAUGGCAGCCCCUCUCAUUAUGUCCAAUGACCUACGAAACCUGGACAACUGGGCCACAGCCAUCCUACAGAACAAGGCGGCCAUUGCCAUCAACCAGGACCCACUGGGGAUCCAGGGCAGACGUCUGGUGCAGGAGAAGAGUCAUAUUGAUGUGUUCUGGAGGCCUCUGUCAAACUCAGCCAGCGCUCUGGUCUUUCUGAGCCACAGGACAGACAUGCCCUUCUUAUACCACACCUCUCUGGCCAAACUCAACUACCAACCUGGCAACUACAUGGUCUAUGAUGUGUUUACGUCCUCCACAGUGACCCGGUUAAAAGCUUCAACAGACUUCACCGUCUCAAUCAACCCCACGGGUGUGGUCAUGUGGUACGUCUAUCCACAACAACAAUCCCAACGUUUACAUCUUCACCACCAGCAACACAGAAAGGAGUCACAUGUGAGAUAUCGUAAACCGAAAGCUGAAAGCACAGUGUUAUAAGGAAACAAAAUGAAGCGAAUCCCUUGAAAUUAUGACUGAAAUCAAGCUGUAACUACUUAGUCAUGCACCUGCGAUUCCUCAGUCAUCCAAAAUGUAGCGCUAGCAUUCCUCUGGUUUCUCUAAACUCUCAAAUGUUUGACAUAAAAAAUAAUAAUAAUAACAAAUUCUCUUCACAUAUUUUUUUUAUAUGAACAAUUCCAUCAUUUUUAUUUGUCACAAAUAAAAACAGUUAUCAUACACAUACAUUAUGACUAACAAAAUGUUAAUAGUUUGUCAGCCCUAAUAUACAUGUGUGUGCGUGGGUCUGCGUGCACGAGCUCGUGUGUAUAUUUGAUUCAGUUGAUUCAGUGUGUCAUUUCUCAAACAGAAACUCAAACUUGUCUCCAUCUGCUGGUUCUUCCAGGUUACUGCCUGCCUCUAAUAAUAACUAAUUUGAAUCUGUCUGCAGGUUGAAAUGUAUCUGCUUGUGUUUUAUAGCAUUGUCAAAUAUUUCACACAGAGUAUCUUUGGGUUUGGCAUUUGCUAUCACUGAAUAAUUUUAACCAAGUGGCUUCAGAAAAAUACUGUAAUGUUUAUUGGGCAUUUUAAAUGGUGACUAAAGUGGCAGCAGAGUGUGUUAAUGCACCAUGAUUGGUCCAAGCCUGUGUGAACAGUUAUCUGAUACCUGAACUGUUAUCAUGGGAUUAUAACAAACAAAUGUUAGAAUGACUGAUUAUACAUGAAAAUUAAAGUAAUCAUUUUCAUAAUUAAUGAAUGACACUGAAAUUUACAAGUACAGUUAAUAAAAAGAUGGUGAAUUAGGUAAAGUAUCAGUAGAAAAAACAACUUUCUUUUUACUAAGGUGACCUGAGCUUCAACUAGACUAAAAGUGCAAUAAAAAUGGUGUUAAUUAUUCAUCCGACAUUUGGAAGUUUUCAGUGCUCGCGAAGAUUUUUUUCUAAAUUCUGUAAAUAUCCUCCUGGGUCAAAUGUCGUUUUUGAAUAUGGUUCCAAUCCCUUCAGUUUAAUUCCCAGCAAAUGCAAAUACACAAACUGUAUUUCUGUCAGUUUUGGACAUGUGACUGGAGCUCCGUGAGGACUCUACCUGGCAUCAUCUCCUGUGGUUCUGGGGAUUCAAACUCACAUGUUUCCUCUGUGAUCCAGACAUCGAUUAAUUAAACCCUACGGCCCCACUUUGACUUGACUCGCACAUUUCCUUGGUGACUUUGAGCUCUGAGGAAUUUCAUACUGAGAACAGCUAUUACCCUUAGGUGCAGGUGAUUCUGAUCUGUUCCCUUAUUUAGAUCUUCACGGUGCUAAGAAACAGAUCACCGCCUUCUCGACAGAGACAGAGGACGCACAGACGGACAUCGUCUCCAUUUUAGAGUUUAACACAAGGUUUUCAUGUGGAGCUUUUGUACUGGGGUGACCCUCUUUACCAGCUGUGCUGCUCUGAGCCCCCUGUUGUUACUGGACUCUUCCUGUGGCCCCGGGUUCUGCUGAGCCUGAGGAAGUGGUCCAUGUCCACCCACGUGUUUCCCACUGCAGAGCCCCCUAUAGGCCUGCCCGGGUUCAGUGUGGGUCAGUGCCCCUCUGCCAGCUGCCAUCAGUCACGGGUGAAUCCACAAAGGAAGACAUCAAACGGCCUGACAGUUGUAUUUGUGUGUUUGGAUCUUACAGUAUAUGCUGACACAAAAUAUUUACAGAGGCCCAGAGCCAUUCAGCUGUUUUCAACUAUUCAACAGGAAUAAGCUGGAGUGCAUCUCCGCUGACAGUUUGGAAGUCUGGUAAACUGAACUGACUGAUGGAAAUCAUUAUCUCGAAGUAUCAACAUUAAAUAGAAGGGAAAUGUGUUUUGACAUUUAAAGUCAGUCAGAUGAUGUACAUGCACAGACUUUCUAUGGAGUGUAUUAGUUGGUAUUUUUCUUUUCUGAUAUUGAGAAAUUGAAGUUGAAUAAAAGUGUUAGACAUUACAG